CUGACUAUGGCAAAGGAGUAGGGGGUGCUAAAGUUGCCGAAGUGUAGAGACUUUGUUGUGAAGAACACUCAUGAGACAGCGAGUGUGUGUCAAAACGAGUGGGCAGCAACAUGAGCAGAGGAGGAACUCAAAAACUGCUCUCACUCUUCUCAGUCUGUGAGCGAGGUUUAUGAUAGGGCACAAGCCCUGCUGCUGGUGCAUGUCUGGGAUCUCAAUUUGUGUUUGGUCUACAACGAGGAUACAUAUUGAUUCCAGGGAGACGGCACAUCUUGCUACGUGUUCAAAGGUUUCAGCGGAGGCCAAUGUGAGAGGUGGCGAGUAUAAGCGUUGGCAGAGUUCCAUCCAGUCGGAGCUACGAUGUCGUCCUACAAUGUUAAACUGAGAAGAGUUGGAAUCUCUGACUAUGACACGCAGGUUAAAGAGAUUCGUAAUCAGCUCUCCGAGCAGCUGCGUGUGUUUGAUAGUCAUUUGGAGCAGAAAACCCAGGUACUGCAGGAUCUGGGUGAUUAUCUGCGCAGACGUGGUGAGAUCGAGGGCGAGUAUGCACGCUCCCUGGACAAACUGGCUGACAGAUUUGCCUCAAAGACCAAAAAGAAAGAGUCUAGCAGUGAGUCUGUGUUAAAGUGCUGGCAAGAGUUGUUGAUUCAGACGCGUCAUGAGAGUAAAGACCACAACACACUGAGUGAAAGCUGUGGCACAACUUUACCUCAGCAGUUGUCUCGCUGUCUGGAGCUAGUUCAGCGCUUGGCUAAGAAAAGUAAAGAUAUUAGCUCUCAGUUACAGGAUGGGCUGCUGAAGCUCACAGCUGAGCUACAAACCGCGCUGAAGACAUAUUCGCUGUAUCACACUGAGUACUUGACGGCUGAAGGCAAGCUAAAGGAAGCCAUCAAACAGGAAGAGAAACAGAAGCAGAGUGCAGCCAAGAAAAUGGAAAGACUCAUUGAAAAAAGGCAGUGUAAAGUACAGGAGACGCAGCUGAAAUGCACCAAAGCACGCAAUGACUAUCUGUUCAACCUAGAAGCGGCAAAUGUUUCCAUGCACAAAUAUUACCUACAAGAUCUUUCGGCCCUGAUUGAUUUCAGCGAUUUAGGUUUCCAUCAGUCAGUGUCCCAAGUGCUCCAGUAUUACCUGUCCAGCCGCUCACAGGCCCACCAGAACCUGGGUUCUGGAUUGCAUCAGUUGGGAAACACUGUUUCUGGAUUGGAUCAGAACCAGGACAGGGACACACUGAUACAGGCUCAUGAUGCAGCUUUCUGCAUGCCACUUCGAUUUCAGUACCAGCCUCAUGAGGGGGACCAGGUGUGCGAGGUGAGCGCUGAUUUUGAGGUGAAGACUGAGCUUGAUACUCGAUUCCUCCAGCUUCAGACCAGACUCAACACAGUAACUGCAGAAAAUGAAGAGCUGAGUAAAAUGCUGCAGCAAUCUCAUUCGGCCCUGCUCGAGUGCAUCACUGAGGAUAUCUUCAGGUCUGAACACAGCACCAGCCAAUCGUUAGAGAAUAUCAGUGAAGCUUCUUCCAGUAAGUUCAAUCAAGCAAGACGUCGAUCCAAUCUGCACGAGACGGAAGGCUCGUACUAUGUGAAAUAUAAGGAACAUCUCACAAAUGGAUUAAUAAUAUCAAAACUACAGGCGAAGCAUGACCUACUCGAAGUUGCAAUACAGAAAGCUAGAACAGUGGAUGGUCAGCAUCAGAGCAGAAUGCGUUCCAGGAGGUCUGUCCGUCAGAGGAAGAAUCAGCACUCCACUCAGAUCAGCCAGAAGCCUUUCUCUAGAGACAUGCUCUCUUACAUCCAGGAUUCUGGAGAACCGGUUCCUUUGGUGGUAGAGAGCUGCAUCAGAUUCAUCAACCUUCACGGCCUACACCAUGAGGGCAUCUUCCGAGUCCCAGGCUCUCAGCUGGAGGUCAAUCGGCUCAGAGACCUGUUUGAGAAAGGAGAAGACCCCCUAGACGUGGAAAUUUGUGACUUGGACUCAGUGGCUGGUGUGCUGAAGCUCUAUUUCAGAGGAAUGGAAAACCCUCUCUUUCCUAAAGACAGCUAUGAGGAACUGAUGGAGUGUGGACGAAUCGAAGACGAUUCAGAGAAAGUAGCGCAGUUAAAGUCAGUUAUUCUUUCCUACCCUCCUCCAAUAAUUGUGGUGAUGAGAUACCUGUUUGCGUUCCUCCACCAUGUUUCCCAGUACAGUGAUGAAAACAUGAUGCAGCCCUAUAACCUGGCUGUGUGUUUCGGACCCAGUCUUAUCAGAGGGCCUGAGGACACAGACGCUGUUACUCUCCAGCACAUCAAUGCUCUUGUCAAAACUAUCAUUAUCCAGCAUGAGAGCAUUUUCCCCAGCCAGAACGAAUUAGAUGGACCUGUCUAUGAGACGUGCAUGACGCUAGAGCCAGAUGAUAUUGAGGCCACUACAGAGGAGUCAGAGGUGGAACCUGACCUGUCUCCUAACAAAGAAGUCAAAGAGGAGCUGGAAGGAGUGGCCUUGUUCGACUACACGGCCCGUUCCCCGGCUGAGCUGUCCUUCCAAAAGGGUGGACGACUCCGCCUUUACAGCAGAGCCUCUUCCGAUUGGUGGAGAGGAGAAAUAGACGGUUCUAAAGGACUUAUCCCAAAUAAAUACAUCAGUGUGCCAAGUAUGGAGGGAGGGCCAGAGAAUAAAGAAAGACACAACACUGGAGGCCAGACAGAGGAGCAGUCAACCCAAAUACGGAACAAAGUGUUCAGUGACAAGUCCGGACUGAGUUCCAGCCAAGCUAUUGCCGGGAAGCUUUCCUUACAAUUACCCACAGCACAACCAAUAAGCACUUCUCCAAGGACUUUGCGAAAACCAGAUCCCUCUAUUAUCCCCCAGAUGAAAAGGACUACAGCAAACAGCGAAAAAGAGGAAGUCAAAAUCCUGGUGGACAAGGAGGUGUGUCAUCAGAUGAACAAUGUCUUCAAGGAGCUGCUUGUUCGCCAACAGCAAGAUCAAGUCUCUUCAUCUUCUAUCCAACCCCCUACCAUCUCCUGUUCUGCUGUAUCCCCACAAAUCUUAAAGAAAGGAAUGACAACACAGAAAGGAAAAUCCAAUUCUAAACAAGCUGAACAGAUGAACUGAGAUGUGAGGGGAAUGAAUCCUGACACACACUGAGACUGAAGAGAAAAAACGUGCACAAGUUACUAAGCACAGACAAAGGAGAACUUCAACAUGUGUCCCUGUAAUAACAUGGUAAUCCGUGGUUCUUAUUAGUUCCUCAUGAUAUUUAUUUUUUAAUCCUUUGAUGAAUAGAGGGAGAGGUUUUCCCGGACUUUUCAGUGAUCACAUUACAUGACUAUAUCACUGCUGUAACUUCCUUAUUUAUGAUUGUCUUCAGCGCCCUAAUUUAGUUCAAUCAGUUUUAGUAGUAAUUUAUUUUCUUUGGCUAUUUAUUCUCCAAAUUGUGCAUAACAAAUGUAAUAAAAGAUUUAUAAUAUAUGUAAACCUGUGUCGUAACAUCCCCCCAGGUUAUUUGUACCUACUGUAUACCUAAGCAAAACACUUUGUCGCCCUUAUCAAAAAAUUAUUUACAAUUUUAAUUUUUGAGCUAAUUAAAACAAAAAAACAAUAUAUUCAUAUAGUGUUACUGCAUAAUAUUAUAGAUUUUUGGUCUGUUUCCUGUGCAGGAUAAAGUGUUUUAGGAUAUUGGUGUAGUUAAUGUUAUCAAACGCUAUUCAUAAAAAAUGUUUCAAAAAAGCCUCACUAAUAUGCAUUUCAGUGUUUUUAAUGUACUCUGUACUUGCUGAGUAUACACCAAAUAUGAAGGCAGAUACUUCACAGAGAUAAUUUUGUGUCGUUUUCAUUUUGGAUUUAAAAAAAAAAAAAAAAAAAGUGGCACUAUGAUGUUUUUCCUUUGGUACAGGAAACAUAUUAAGGAUUUUUUGGAGUUUUUGGAGUUUUUUUAGCUCCCUAAAGGUUUAUGUGAGAUUCUUUGUUUCAUUUAGACAUAUCACAGGAUUCUUUGCCAAAGUGUAUUUUUAUAGUCCUCACUUUGUCAUUAAAUGUGUCACUGUAUAUUCAGCUUAGAGAAUGCUUGUGUAAUUGUGUUUUUUCUCCUGUAAGGCCCAGGUGAGCUAGCUCUAGUAGUUUUUGAAACAUGGUCACAAGCCAAUUUCUCAGUAAAUUCUGCAAUGCUGAAAUAAUGCUGAAAAAAAAUUUGUUAAGUAGCCUUUAUUUGUCACAAAUACAUUACUGCACAGUGAAACUCUUUCUUUGCAUAUCCCAUCCUUGGAGGCUGGAGUCAGUGCACAAGGGCAGCGGCUCUGGAGCAGGGACCAUGAGGCCAUGCUCAAGGGCCCAACGGUGGCAGCUUGGCAGUGCUGGGGCUUGAACCCUGAUCUUCCGGUCAGUGAAGAAGCCUUAAACAUUUCAGAGAGAAUCUCUAAUAAAACUUCACUGAGAUUCACUACAGGCCACAUCAGCAGUUUAGUGAACAGGCUCGGGACUGUUUGCUGUCUCCAUCUGCAGACUGUUUUGGUGAAAUGCUUUUCCAGAUGAGAUGCAGAAAAAAAUGUACUAUACUGGAUUUAAAACAUGCUGAAAUUUGUCUGUCUGCACAGUAAAUAAAUACUAAAUAACUGAAUGAUUUAUGCACUUAAUUAAAAUCUAGAAUCUAGAAUCAUAAACGUUGAUCAAAUUCAACAGUAUU